GUUGGAGACGAUUCAGUCAAGUACCUGAUAUGGUAACUAUGUAAUUGUUGUCUCUGAACGGGGGUGAACGGUGCUUCUCUCUUUGGCUGUAUGUUCCCUGCUUCUUUGUGCCCCUUUCUGCCCCUUUCUGCCUCUUUCUGCCUCUUUCUGCCUCUUCUGUGUGUACUUGAUGCUCCUUUAUCCUCAGACGUGCGCGUUUGUAAUUAUCCACAAUGAGUGAUGAUGACUUUGAUGAUGAAUUGGACCUAAUGCUCAGUAAGGCUUCGGCCACCGUGGCCGUGGACUCCAUUGUUCAACAGGCUCCUAACUCACCUCCUGCUUCCAGUGGGCUUUCCUCUGGUAGUUUUGGUGAAGGUAUCUCCCAAAUCUCCACCAUAUCACGCGGUGAUUCAAACCAGCUACAAUCAUCCCGACCAGGCUCUAAAACCUCCUCCUCCUCCAAACAGCAAAGAACCCAGCGAGACCUCUUCGGAAAUGUCGUAUCUAGCAGCCAAAGUACCUCAGAUACCCAGACAUCCAAAAGAUCAGAUAUGGCUAAAGAGGUUCCUACCCAUCACGAACUCGACUACGAAAACCUCAAAUCAUACAUAUAUCCUAUCAAUUAUGAAAUCAGAGACUACCAGUUCAACAUCAUAGAAAAAUGCUUCUACAACAACAUGUUGGUAGCCUUACCUACUGGUUUAGGUAAGACGUUUAUUGCUGCAACCAUCAUUCUCAAUUACUGGCGAUGGUUCCCCAAUUCCAAAAUCAUCUUCAUGGCUCCCACAAGGCCUUUGGUGGCCCAGCAGAUCAAGGCCUGUUUCAAUAUAAUUGGGCUCAAAGACCAGUCAGCAGUGUUGUUGGAUAAGACCAAGAGGAACAGAUUGGAAAUCUGGAAUAGUUUCAGAAUUUUUUUUACCACUCCGCAAGUAGUGGAAAACGACUUGUGCAAUGGUCUUGUUGACCCCAAGUCAGUGAGUCUAUUGGUGGUGGAUGAGGCGCAUAAAGCCAAAGGUAACUAUGCCUAUAACAAUGUAGCCAAGUUCUUGGAUCGGUUUAAUAACAGUUAUAGAAUAUUGGCCUUGACUGCAACUCCUUCAUCCACAGUAGAGGGUAUUAAAGAGAUUGUAGGGAACUUGACGAUAAAUAAAAUCGAAAUCCGAACCGAAAACUCCAUCGAUAUCAUCAAGUACUUCAAACAUAAACGUAUUGACAAGAUAGAUGUGGAUUUUAAUGAUAAUGAAGUUAUCACCAAUUGUUUGAUACAUACAGCCAACGCGGCCGAGCCAUACAUAAAGAUGGCAAAUGAGAGACAUUUGUUCCAACUGAGUGACCCCAAUGACCUUUACAUGUUCAAGUUGCUCGAAAUAACCAAGCGGAACUUGUUGAACAAUAAUUUAAGCGAGGGCCUAAAAUGGCAGAAUCACUUUUUGCUCAAGCUUCUUUUAUUUAAGGCUAAUUGCAUAAAGAAAUUGAAGAUCUAUGGGUUUAAUAACUUUAAAGCUUACUUCAAUGACACAAGAACCAAAGUCCUUGCUUCCAAAAACAAGAUGAUGCUUGAGUUAUUCAGUAGUGCUCCUGUUAAAGAGCUUGUUGGGUACUUGAGUAAAACUCAAGUUCAGUUUGGGCACCCCAAAAUCGAAAUCUUAAUCGAGUACAUCAAUAACUUCUUCAAGACAUCGGAAUAUGACAACUCGAAAGUCAUUAUCUUCUCCGAGCUUAGAGAUUCAGCUUUAGAGAUUGUCAGUACCAUUGAAGCCAUGAAUAACCCCAGACUCAAACCCCAUAUUUUCAUCGGCCAGGCCCCGGACUCCAAUCCUGAAGUGGUGGACAAGCAAAAUGGAGGACCCAAACGUUCUUCAUCCGAGGAUGCUAAGUUAAAAGGAAUGAACCAGAAAGUUCAGAAACAAUUGAUCAAGGACUUUAAGACUGAGAAGUAUAACAUCUUGGUUGCAACCUCUAUUGGUGAAGAAGGUUUGGACAUUGGUGAGGUUGAUUUGAUUGUGUGCUAUGAUACAAGCGCCUCGCCCAUCAAAAACGUUCAAAGAUUGGGAAGAACAGGAAGAAAGAGAGAUGGUAACAUAUUGAUGCUUUUCUCUGAUAACGAAAGAUCCAAGUUUGACAAAGCCAUGGACAACUAUGAGUGGAUCCAAAAAUUCAUUGUACGUAAAGAAGCGGAGUUGGUUCAGGAUUGUACUCGAGUUAGGAUCAUCCCGUCAGGUUUCAGGCCUGCCUUGGAGAAGAAGUUUAUUGUGCCAGAAGAAAUUGAGGUGGACGACAAUGAUGAGAUCAUCAAGAUCGCAAUGAGCUAUAUGAACAAGAAAACCAAGGGGGGGUCGGUUACUAAAGCCUCUUCAAAGUCGGCUGCAAAUAAGACAAAAUCAAAGAAGUCGAAAGGUGUGGAGAAGAUUGAAAAACGGUUUUUCAUGCCAGACAACGUUGAGUCUGGGUUUCGGAACGUUACGGACAUGUUGAAGUCUGUUGACAAGAACAAAAGAGCUCGAUCUCCGCCCUUGCUGCAGGAACUUAUUGACACGUCGUUUAUGUCUGAUGCUUCAUUCAACAGGACUCUGGAAAAGGAAAACGUCGUUGAGAUACCUCCUGUGAAGUCUGCUCCUGUGAAGUCUGCUCCUACAAAGUCUGCUCCUACAACGUCUGCUCCUACAAAGUCUGCUCCUACAAAGUCUGCUCCUACAAAGUCUGCAACCGAAUCUGUGCCCGUCAAAUCUGCACCAGUCUAUCAGGUUUUGAGGGCCUCCCAGAAGUCGUUAGGAACCAAGAAACUAAAGCUUGAAUCCGGUGCCACCAGCACUCAACUCCCCCAAACUGAUAUUAGUCCGCGUGGUGUGGCAGCCAGCAAAGAUGAAACAUUUUCUGACUUCGAUGACUUCGAUGACUUCGAUGACUUCGAUGACUUUGGAAAUGAAAAACUCCUGGUAAAACAAGUGGAAAUCAUCACUUUCACUAAAGAGACUCCGGUAAAGUGUGGGUUAGGUGUUGACAAUCCGAUGGAGACCGCUCUGGCACCCGACAGUCAGGAUGAUCAGCUAGUUGAUAACAGGUUCCACCCCCAGGAUGGAUUCCUUUCCUCUCAAGAAAAGGUGCAACUCUAUACCAACUACUACAACCCCAUUCCUCCUGAUAUCAAAUUCUACGACCCAAUUCACAGUUCUUGCAGCCAGUUGAGUAGCACCAAGACCAAACGUUUCAACGAAACCAUGAAAAAUAUGGACACUUUGACGGCCAAAAAAGCCCAGACCCAACUUAAGCUGUAUAUAGAAAUGGUCAAGGGUUCGGAUACUAACUCUCGAGCAUCAUGCAUAGAGUAUUUAAAUACCCAUAUAGAAUAGGCGGUGAGGUGCCAAACGGUUACCCGCACGCCGCUCCAAUCCAAAUAUAAAUAUCACC